CAAUGACGAAACAUGGUCAUUUACGUCAACACCCACCGGCAGCAGUUACUGCGCAGGUGCAGCGCCGGGAUCUGCGCGGUGACGUCAACGUUCGCGACUGAAAGAAGCCGCACAUUUCGUGGGUCAGUGCGGACAGCAUGAGCAACAGCCACCAGCUGCAGCCUUACACCUCAGUUGGAGAGAUUAAUCACGUGCAUAUCCUGUCAGAACACGUGGGGGCCCUGAUUCACGGCGAGGAAUACAGCGAUGUGACCUUCCUAGUGGAGAAGAAACGCUUUGCUGCUCAUCGCGUGAUCUUGGCUGCUCGCUGCCAGUAUUUCAGGGCCUUAUUGUAUGGUGGAAUGCGGGAGUCACAUUCUCAGGCGGAAAUCCCAUUGCCAGAUACACCAGCAGAAGCAUUUACAAAGCUACUGAAAUACAUCUACACUGGCCAGGUCACCCUGACCAAUGAGAAAGAGGAAGUAUUAUUGGACUUUCUGGGUCUUGCCCAUAAGUAUGGGUUUCCUGAGCUAGAAGCUGCUACCUCUGAGUAUCUCUGCACUACUCUAAGCAUUGGUAAUGUCUGCAUGGUUUACGAUGUGGCUAACCUUUAUUUACUCAGCAAGCUUUCCAAUACUUGCUGCUUAUACAUGGACAGAAAUGCAAGGGCAAUCCUUGGCAGUGAAGGCUUCCUGUCCCUUUCGAAGACAGCUCUACUCAAACUGGUGUCCCGGGAUUCAUUUGCUGCUCCAGAGAAAGAUAUUUUCUUGGCUCUGAUGAACUGGUGUAAACAUAACCCAGAGGAGAUGCAUGAAGAAAUCAUGAAGAUGGUCCGGCUGCCACUGAUGAGUUUAACGGAGCUGCUGAAUGUUGUGCGGCCCUCGGCACUCCUCUCCGCUGACACCAUCUUAGACGCCAUCAAAAUUCGCUCAGAGAGUCGCGAUAUGGAGCUGAACUACCGGGGCAUCCUCAUCCCAGAUGAGAACAUUGCCUCAAUGAAGCAUGGGGCGCAGGUCAUCGGGGGAGAACUAAAGGCCGCCCUGCUCGAUGGUGACACGCAGAACUACGACCUCGAUCAUGGCUUCUCUCGACAUCCAAUUGAUGAGGACUGCCGGUCGGCCAUUGAGGUUAAAUUGGGCCAAGCAUCAAUCCUCAACCAGAUCCGCAUGUUGCUGUGGGACCGUGACAGCAGAUCAUAUUCGUACUACAUCGAAGUGUCAAUGGAUGAGCUUGAUUGGAUUCGUAUAAUUGAUCAUUCUAAGUACCUGUGUCGCUCCUGGCAGAACCUGUUCUUCAGCCCUCAGGUGUGUCGAUAUAUUCGCAUUGUUGGGACGCACAACACAGUGAACAAGGUUUUCCAUUUGGUCUCCUUUGAAUGCAUGUACAGCAGCAAGCCCUUCUUACUGGACUCAGGUUUGCUGGUUCCCACAGAGAACGUGGCAACUGUCAGCGCCAGUGCCACAGUGAUAGAAGGAGUGAGUCGUAGUCGGAACGCUCUGUUAAACGGGGAUACCAGGAACUAUGACUGGGAUUCUGGAUACACUUGUCAUCAGCUGGGAAGCGGAGCCAUUGUGAUCCAGCUUGCACAGCCCUUCAUGAUCGAUUCCAUGAGGUUGCUCCUGUGGGACUGUGAUGACCGCAGCUACAGCUUCUACAUCGAGGUUUCUAACAAUCAGCAGCAUUGGGACAGGGUUGCCGAUCACACACAAGUCACUUGCAAGUCCUGGCAGACAAUUACCAUCAAGCGACAGCCAGUGGUUUUCAUCAGGAUCGUGGGCACAAACAACACAGCCAAUGAGGUGUUCCACUGCGUACACUUCGAGUGCCCAGCACAGAACCAUCAGCAGAUUGAGGAUUCGGUGGGAGGCAGGACAUCGGCGGGCAAGUGAGCUCCAUGCAUUAAACCAGAGUCCAGAGGACAGCAGCUGCUGAGCUCAGCAGUGCUUGCUGACUCCUCCCUGUUGCUGCUGAUCAUCAUCAUACACAGCCCCCUCCAGAGGAAGACCGUCACUCCCACCAUCAACCAAGCUGGGUAUCGAGGGACUGAAGGCCUUGCCUCUCACACACUCACCAUGUGGCCAGUGUCAGCCCUUGUGUCAUCUGUCACCACAGAAUCCCAUCUAAAACCUGCACUGCUAGAUCCUCUGGCUGGGGCAGCUGGGGGCAGAGAGCCUCUUCACGGGAAUAAUCCUACACGGCACAGAGAUGCCAGCACAGCUCUGGGCAGUGGCCAUGUGAGGAAAAGGUUCUCGGGUGUUUAGCUGGACAAGGAGACGGUCUGUGUUAUGGAAGGGUUGUAGACUGAUUACACCAGACCUCCAGCCAUUUAUAACUUGUUCCAUCACUGUUCCCCUAGUCUUCCAGAGGCUGGCAUCAUCUUGUUUCACCACUUUUGAUCACUCAUUGCCACAUUUCAGUUGGUCGAGAUAAGAAAAGUUAUUUGGCUUUCUGAUCGAUGCUGGAGUGAGGAGUUGGAUUCAGUGAAAAUUCCUUUUCCAUUAGCUCCUCUAACCUAAAAUGAAUGUGUCAUCUUCAUAUUGUAAGGCAUGGAAUUGUUUUGUUGUGGGCUCCUUGCAUGAGAGGCUGUAACUUAGCAUGUAAACUAUUUAUCUUCUGUAACAAAUCAUGAAAAUCUUUCCAUUCAACUUGUCUUUGUUGUGUCUUUCUGAAAUUGGAGUCGAGAACUGCCUUUGUUUUCUACAGUCAGGGCCAAGGGAGUUAAUUGCACAAUGUGCCAUACUGUCUCUGUCUGCUGGUUUUAUCACAAAAUUCACCCAUUACUUCCCUCAGAUCCCAAGGGAAGCAUAAGCUGAUCUCAGCCUAGACCUCUGACCUGCCUGCUCCCUGUCUAUCAGCCAAUGGUCAGCUAUAGACUAUUAGAAAUAUGUAAGUUGAAGCUGAAGAGAUCUUGGAAAGCUCCGAUAGGGAUCUAGUAGAGAGAUGGGGGAGUUGACGGCAAUUGGGAUCUUGUAGCGAGAGAUGGGGGAGUUGAGAACAAUGGGAAUCUAGUGCAUGAAGACAGUCAUAGAAAAGUACAGCACAGAAACAGGCCCUUCAAACUACUUAGUCCAUGCCAAACCAUUUAAACUGCCUAUUCCCAUUAACCUGCACCAAGAACAUACUCCUACCAUCCAUGUACCAAUACAAACUUCUCUUGAGCAUUGAAAUUGAGUUUGCAUGCACCACCUGCACUAGCAGCUCAUUCCACACCUCACAACCCUCCGAGUGAAGAAGAAUCCCCUCAUGUUCCCUUAACUUAUUACCUUUUACCCUUAAUCCAUGACAUCUAGUUGUAGUCCCACCCAACCUCAGUAGAAAAAGCUUGCUUGCAUUCAUCCUAUCUAUUUCCUUCAUAAUUUUGUAUAUUUCUAUCAAAUCUACCCUCAAUCUUAUGCAUUCCAAGGGAUUGUCCUAACCUAUUAAAUAUUUAUUUAUUAGUCUUUCAACCUUAUUUACAUCUUUCCUGUAGGUAGGUGACCAAAACUGCACACAAUACUCCAACUUAGGCCUCACAAAUGUCUUGUACAACUUCAACAUAUCAUCCUACCUCCUGUACUCAGUACUUUGAUUUAUGAAGGCCAACAUGCCAAAAGCUCUUUUUACAAGCUUAUCUACCUGUUCCAGAACUUUCAUUGAAUUAUGGACCCGUGUUCCCAGAUCCAAUUGUUCUACCACACUCAGUGCCCUGCUGUUCACUAAGACCUAUCCUUUUGGUCCUACAGAAGUUCAACACCUCACACUUCACUGCAUUAAAUUCCAUCUGCCAUUUCUCCAGCUGCUCCAAAUCCCGCUGCAAGCUCUGAUAGUCUUUCUUGCUGUCCACGACACCUCUAAUCUUCCUGUCAUUUACAAAUUUGCUAACCCAGUUAACCACGUUAUCAUCCAGAUCAUUGAUAUAGAUGAUAAACAACAACGGACCUAGCACUACUGCCUGUGGCACUCCACUAAUUUCAAGCCUCCAUUCAAAGAGGCAGUCAUCUACUAACACACUCCAGCUUCUCCCACAUAAUCAAUGUCUAAUCCAAUUUACUACCUCAUCUCGAAUGCCAAACAACUGAACCUCAUUGACCUACCUCCCAUGGGGGACUUUAUCAAAUGUCUUGCCAGAGUCUGUGUUGACCGCAUCUUCUGCCUUCAACAACUUCCCUGAUAACUUCCUCAAAAAACUAUAAGAUUAGUUAGACACAACCUAUGGCACACAAAGCCAUGUUGACAAUCCCCAAACAGUCUCUGUCUAUCCAAAUGCUCGUAUAUCUGAUCCCCGAGAAUACCUUCCAAUAACUUUCCCGACUACUGACUUCAGGCUAACAGGCCUACUAUUUCCUGGUAUAAUUUUUAGAGCCUUUCUUAAGCAAUGGAGUAACAUUAGCUAUCCUUAAUCUUCUGGUGCCUCACCUGUUGCUAAGGAUAGUUUAAGUAUCUCUGCUAGGGCCCCUGCAAAUUCUGCAUUUGACUCCCAUAGGGUCCAAGGGAACACCUUGUCAGGCCCUGGGUAUUUGCCCACCCUAAUUUGCCUUAAGACAGCAAACACCUCCUCCUCUGUAAUCUGUAUAGGAUUCAUGACCUCAUUUCUCUACACUCUUGUGUCCAUCUCCCAUAUAAAUACAGAUGCAAAGAAAGCAUUUAAGAUCUCCCCCCCAUCUCUUUUGGCUCCACACAGAUUACCAUUCUGCUCUUCCAGAGGACCAAUUUUGUCCCUAGCAAUUCUUCUGCCCUUAAAAUAGCUGUAGAAUCCCUUGGGAUUCUCCUUCACCUUGUCUGCUAGAGCAACUUCAUGCCUUCUUUUAGCCUUCCUGAUUUCCUUCUUAAGUGCUCUCUUGCAUUUCUUGUACUCCAUAAGCACCUCAUUUAUUCCUACUUGCCUGUACCUGCUAUGCACCUCCUUUUUUCUCUUAACUGGGGCUUCAAUAUCUCUUGAGAAUCAAGGUUCCUUAUACUUGUUAUCUUUACCUUUCAUCCUUAUAGGCACAUACAAGCCUUGUACUCUCAAAAUGUCUUUUUUGAAGGCCACCCACUUUCCAAAUACACCUUUGCCAGAAGACAACCUGUGCCAAUCCACAUCUGCCAGAUCAUUUCUGACAUCAUCAAAAUUGGCUUUUCUCCAAUUUAGAAUCUCAAACCAUGGACCAAACCAAUGUAUCUCUUUGCAUAUUUACUUUGAAACUAAUAGCAUUGCGGUCACUGAAUACAAAGUGUUACCCUACACAAGCUUCUGUUACCUGCCCUGUCUCAUUCCCGAUUAGCAGAUCCAGUAUCGCAGGCUCUUUCAUUGGGAAUUCUACGUAUUGAUGAAGGAAACUUUCCUGAACACAUUUGACAAACUCUCUUCCAUCUGGUCCUUUUAUAUUAUGGGAAUCCCAUUCAAUAUGUGGAAAUUUAGAAUCACCUACUAUCACAACCUUAUUGAUCUCUCUCCAGAUUUGUUCCUCUACAUCCCACGAACUGUUGAGUGGUUUAUAAUAUAGCCCCAUUAAAGUUAUCAUUCUUUUCUUAUUCUUCACUUCCACCCAUAAAGCCUCAUUAGAUGAAUAUUCCAGUCUGUCCUGACUGAGGACUGCCGUGAUAUUUUCCUUGACUUGUGACAUCACCCCUCCCCCUUUAAUCCCCCCCACUAUAUUGUGUCUAAAACAAUAGUAUUCCAAAAUAUAGAGCUGACAGUCCUGCUCCUCCUGCAACCAAUUCUUACUAAUACCAUGAUUCCAUGUGUUGAUCCCUGCCCUGAGAUCAUCUGCCUUUCCUAAAGUACUUUUUGCAUUGAAAUAUACACAGCUCAGAACAAUAGUCAUACCAUGCUCAAAUUUUUGAUUCCUGACUUUGAGGUCUUAACAACGUAUCUCCACAACUCUCCACUAUCUCUUCUGGCACUCUGGUUAGGGUGAUAGGGAUCUAGUACAGAGAGAUCAAGUUAAGGGUUGAGGUAUCUAGUAGAAAGAAAUGGAGGAGUUGAGGGCAAUGGAAGUCUGCUAUAGAGAGAUGGGGAAGUUGAGGGUGAUGGGGAUCUAGUACAGGAAGAUUGGGAAAUGAGGGCAUUGGGGAUCCAGUUAAAGGAGGUGGGGGAGUUGAGGGUGAUUGGGAUCCCGUAUGAGAUGGGAGAGUUGAGGACAAUUGGGACUCAGUAGAGAGGAAUGGAAGCAUUAAGGGUGAUGGGGAUCUGGUACAAAGAGAUCAGAGAGUUCCAGUCACCCUAUUACAGAAAGGAUAUGGAGCUUGUGGAAAGAUGCAGAAGAUGUUCACCAAGAUGCUGCCAAGAUUAGAAGGUGUGAGCUAGAAAGAGAGAUUGGACAAACUUGUGUUGUUUUCUCUGGAGCAUGGGGUGCAGAGCGCAGAUCUGAUUAAACUUUAUAGGAUAUUGAGAGGCAGGCUGUUGCUGAUGUUCACUCCAGGAAUUUGAAGCUCUCAACUUCAGCACCAUUAAUGUAGACAGGAGCAUACACUCUGCCUACCUUUCUGAAGGCAAUGGCCAAGUCUUUUAUUGACAUUGAGGGAAAGGUUUUUGCCAUAACUCCAUGUUAUCAUGUUCUCUAUCACCUUCUUGUACUCAGACUCAGCCCACUACAGUGGUGUCAUCUGCAAACCUGAGAUGGAGUUAGAGCAGGACACGGUCUUCGUGAGUGUACACAGAGUAGAAUACAGGGCCAAGGACACAAACCUAUGGAGCACCUGUGCUCACAAUAAACAUGGUGGAAGUGUUGCUUCCUGUCAUUACUGAUGGUGGUCUGCUGCUCGCACAGCUGAGAAUCCAGUUACAGAGGGAAGUGUUGAUUGCCAUGUUUAAGAGUUUGACGAUGCAUUCACUUGAAAUUAUAGUAUUGAAGAUGGAGCUGUCAUUAAUAAACUGUAGUCUGCUGUAGGUGCUCCAGAGAUGAGAGUACCUUCCAUGGAGGUAGUGUCCACCAUAGACCAGUUGAGGUGGUAGACGAAUUGCAGUGAGUUGAGUUUGUCAGGAAGGCUGGAGGUAUGGUAUGCCUAACCAGCCUCUCAAAUCAAUUAAUUAACUGAAGUUCAAGGUUAAAAGGAGAAAGAUGGGAAAAGAAGUUGAAAAACAACAUUGAAUGGCAAGUCAGACUCAAUAAUUCUGCUCCCAUACUUACGAUCUUACAGAAUGUGGAAUCAGAUACAUUCACUAUGUUCAAGAGAUAUUUAGACAGGAAAAGACGGGGUAUGGAGGACUACGGUCAUAAAGUGGACAAAUGGAGUUCGUGCUGAGGGAGAAAUGUUGCUGGGCUGAAUGGCGUGAUAACACAUAACAGGUCAAUAGAGGUUUCAGUAUUUGGGGAAUCAGUGAAUCUAGGGUUAGUGAGGGAUGGUGAUAUUGAGGUGGACAGGUAGCAACGUGAUCCACCAUCCCAUCUCCCAGUCCCUACUUCCUCAUCUCUCAAUCUCACCCUCCCAUCUCAAAAUCUCCCCUCCCAUUUCUGUCCCACCAUCCAAUCCCCCAGUUCCACCAUCUCAUCUCCCAGUCCCACUGUCCAAUUUCCUAGUCCUCAUGUACAACCUCCCAGUCCCCCUAUCCCAUCUCUCAGUCCCACCAUUUCAUCUCGCAUUACCAGGUUCUACAGUCCCAUCUCCUAGCCCCACGAUUCAACCUUCCAAACACCACGUCUCACCUGCCAGUCCCUAAGACCCCACCUCUCAGUCCCUCCCUCCUAUCUCUGUCACACCCUCCAAUCCCCCAGUUCCACCAACCCAUCUCCCAGCCCCACUGUCCGACCUCCUAGUCUUCACGUCCCAUCUCACAGUCCCCAAGUCCUAUAUCCCAGUCAGAUCCUCCCAUCUCCAAGUCCCACCAGUCCAUUUUCCAGUCCCCACAUCCCAUUUCUCAGUCCCCUACAUCCUAUAUCCUAGUCCCAGCCUCUCAUUCCACAGUCCCCACUUCCCACCUCUCAGUCUCUAUGUCCAUUUCCCAGUUCACACAUCCCAUCUUCUGGUACCACCAUCCAACUUCCAGUCCUCAAGUCUAUUCUUCCAGUCCCCAUGUCCAACGUCCCAUCUCGCAGUCCCAGCCUCUCAUCUCCUAGAAUCCAUGUCCCAUCAACCAGUCCCACAUCCUGUCUUCCUAUCCCCACACACUCCCAAUCCCUAUUCCACAAAUCCUGACUCCCAUCUCCCACCAUCCAUCUCUCACUACCGCCUUCUCCUCUUCAGUACUUAGGUCCCACAUCCAAGUCCCACAUCCACGUCUCAUCUUCUUGACCCACACUCCCGUUUCCCACUCUCAUUGUCUAACCUCCAGUCCUCUCAUCCCAUCUCCUAGUCCCCACCAUCAUAUCUCCCAACAUUUCAUCUCCUGUCUCCAGGUCCCACCAUCCCAUCUCACAGUCCCACCAUUCUGUCUCCCAGUACCACCCUCCCAUCUCUCAGUCCCACCAUCCCAUUUCCUAGUCCCCAUCCCAUUUUUAGUCCACAUAUCUCAUCUCUCAGUCCCCACAUCCAAUAUCCCAGUCACAUCCUCCUAUCUCCCAAUCCCUCCCUCCCAUCUGGUCUCUCAUCUGACAGUCAUCCUCUCUUCCCCAGUCCCAGCCUCUUAUCUCCUAGUCCCCAAGUUUCAUUUCCCAGUCCACACAUCCCAUCUCCCAGUCCUACCAUCUGACCUCCAGUCCUCAAGUACCAUCUCCCAGGCCCAAUGUCCUAUCUCGCAGUCCCAGCCUCUCAUCUCCCAGUACCCAUAUCCCAUCUAUCAGUCACAACAUCCCAUCUCCCAGUCCCCACUUCCUGCCUCCCAAUCCCCAUGUCAUCUCCCAGUCUCACACUCCUGUCUCCCUGUUCCACUGUCCCAUCUCCCAAUCCCACCCUCUCAUCUCUAUCCCCAAAUCCUAUCUCCUCAUCCCACUGUCCUAAUCUCCCAGACUCACCCUCAUAUCUCCCAGUCCACACCAUCCCAUCUCUGUCCCUCCCUCAUAUCUUCCAGUCCACACGUCCCAUCUCCCAGUCCCCAUAUCCCUCCUCCCAUUUCUCACAUCCCAUCUCUCAGCCCCACUAUCCCAGUCACCAUCAUCCCAUCUCUAUCAUCUUCUCAUCUCCCAGUCCCCACGUCUAGUUUCCUUGUCCUCCACUCCCAUUUCCCAGUCCUACUGCCCAACAUCCACUCCUUUUGCCCAUCUCCCAGUCCCACCCUCCCA